AUGUGCCUCCUCCUGUUGGUGUUGAGCCUGGGGCUAGAGCUUCAUCAGACAUCUGGGUCCUGUGUGGUGAAUGAAAAGGCCAGCGCAGGGAAUCUCUGGCAGGGUGGAGCUCGCCCUGAGCAAGAGAUCGGGAUCCUCCGAGGGGAUUCCCAGUACACCGCUGGGCUUCAUUUAGUGGCAGUUCCUCAGGAGCUGUAUGCAGCAGACAGUAAUGUGACCCUGGAGGGUGACUUUGACACUGUGGGUCAUGUGGAACUUGAGUCAGUAAAGGACAGUUUGGAAAAUGUGGGAAAUGAUACUUGAGGAUACAGUGCAAAAGCAGCUCUGCUAGAGGAGCAGCUGCCCCUGGGGAAGGCCUUACCCAUCUUUCCUGAGUGCAGGGUGCGCUGCUGCCUGAUCAUUGCCUGGGACUAUAAGGACCUGACUGUAAAACUAAAAAGCUCCUACAAGAAAAUUGGCACUGGCACCCUGAAGGUUCCAGGGACAGAUGAGCUGGAGCUGCCCUGCCAGGCUGAAGGUUAUCCUGGUAGAAGGUCCUGGCAAAAUGUCAGUGCUCCUGCGAACACCAGCUGUACCAGGAGCCCUGAAGGCCUCUACCAGAUCACCGGUGUUCUGCACCCAAAGCCUCAGCCUGGCAGGAACUUCAGCUGUGUGUUCUGAAAUGCAGAUGUGAAGGAACUCACUUCAGCCAUUCUUAAGCUACAAGUUAUGCAAGACAGAGCCUGUGAAAAAGACCUAUGUGGUAUGUAG